GAGCGCUGGAGGAAGGGCCGCGCCGGGCCCCUGACAGGUGUCUCCGCCGUAAGUGGCCUUACGAAGGAACUGGAAGAAUUAAGAGACUUUGUAUUUGUUAUUGCUGCUGCUGCAAUCUUCAAAGAUGAUGCUGUCAGAGCAAGCCCAGAAGUGGUUCCCAACUCACGUGCAGGUUACGGUCCUUCAAGCCAAAGGUCUGAAGCCCAAAGGUAAAAAUGGCAGCAACGAUGCCUACACCAUCAUACAGCUGGGCAAGGAGAAGUACUCCACCUCGGUGGCCGAGAAGACCUUGGAUCCCGUCUGGAAAGAAGAGGCCUCCUUCGAGCUCCCUGGAUUACUCAUGCAGGAGAAUCCAGAAAAAUACAUCCUGUACCUGAUCGUCAUGCACAGGUCGCUGGUGGGGCUGGACAAGUUUUUGGGACAGGUGGCCAUAAGUCUGAAUGAUAUAUUCGAGGACAAGCAAAGACGGAAGACAGAGUGGUUUCAACUAGAGUCCAGACAAGGGAAGAGAACUAAAGACAGGGGAGAAAUAAAGGUCAAUAUUCAGUUUAUGAGGAAUAACAUGACAGCAAGUAUGUUUGAUUUGUCAAUGAAGGACAAAACCAAAUCCCCUUUUGCUAAACUAAAAGAUAAAAUGAAGGGUCGAAAAAACGAUGGCACAUUUUCGGAUACAUCCUCUGCAAUCAUCCCAAGUACUCACAUACCCGAUGCAAAUGUAGAGGUAUGUAGUGGUGAAGUUCAAAUGAAAGCAAAACCAAAAAAACCUUUCCUUUUGGGACCUCAGCGGCUAUCCUCGGCUCAUUCGAUGUCAGAUUUAACGGGACAUGUCUCCUCAGAAAAAUUGAAAUCCAGCACAGUUGGCUACUCUCAUCUUUUCAGGCGUCAGCUAGAAUCGUUUAGUUCAGUUGAUGAAGGUGGGAGUCUGAAAUCUCCACAUAGAAGGACAUUAAGUGUUGAUACUUCUAAAGUGAACCAGCUUGACAGCACGGUUGAUGAAACUGCACUUGAAGCACAAAAUGACCCAUUUACCAAUGUGAGUGCUUCGUUACCCCAAAAAUUUGCCACACUGCCAAGACAGAAGAAUCCAUUUGAAGAAAGCCCGGCAACGUGGGAUCAAAACAUAAGUCUGUUUUCCAAACCUGUCGAAAUCAGGAAAGAAAUUAAAAAAGAGAAAAAAGAGAAAGUUAGUCUUUUUGAGAGAGUGACUGGAAAAAAAGAUAGCAGGAGGUCAGAUAAACUUAGCAAUGGGGGAUCAGACAGUUGUACUGACUUGAAAUCACCUAGUGCAUUUGGUGAAACUCAUCGGGAGAGUUUUGAUUAUGAGUCGACUAAUCCGUUUAUGACAAACUUCAAGCCUACAAGCGUGUUGCCAUCUUCAAG